AUGAAGCAUCAUGUGCAGGCAUUCCUCGCCGUCCUGCGGGUAAUACAGUCUCAUGGAGUUGCUAUGGAAGUCGCAGGCGUAGGUUGUCAGAGCACUGCCGUAGCCGAGCACUCUGGUGAGGAUGCUGGGAGAGUGAGAGGUGAGCGUGUCAACGGCGUCCACCAAAGCGUCGGCAGGGAAAGUGGCGGGAUAGAGGCUAUUCUCAGUCUGCUCGCUGUAACACAGUUUAAUGCAUCUACGCAACUUAUCAUAGACACAGUUGUACUUAAGGCCCGUCAGCCAUACGAGCAUCUCGUAGACUGA